AGGAGGAGAACUCAGACAAGGGAAAGAGAGAAUGAGUGAAGUUUGAUAAACAGCUCCUCAAAUCAGCAUGUAUUACUGUAUUCUUAAGACCUUGAUAAAUUCAGUCUAAGUUCAUAGUAAAGACAAAGAAUGUAUGACAUUUCAGUUCUUUUGAAAAAGGUACUUUGACUACAAGUGCGCAUAACCCGAGAGAACAGACAAAAAAGUACAUUUAAAGGUGAGCGAAGAGGAGUCUGAUCAGAGAUUUGUACUGUAGCAAUGGCGAACAGUCAGACAUUGAUGGUUCUCGUCCUCCUAAGUAUCUUUAUGACAAGAAGUCACUCAAAAGGAGAUCAAGACAAUGUAUCACAUCAGAAUCAAGAUUCUGUGAUUGAAAAACUGACAGUUUUCAAAGAGCAGAUCUUUGUGGUGGGCAACGAUGUCACUUUAUGGUGUACCGAUAAUGCCACUGAUGUCAAAUUGAAUGAAUUCAUUUAUGUUGUGUGGAACAUGAGCAUGCAAGGCAAAAAAUGUUAUCUUGGUUUGUCACACAAACGGGACGACACUUGUAAUGAUGGAAAGAAGCUGAACAACACUUCAUUUUCCUUAUUCAUUCCCAAUAUUUCAAUGGAAGAUGAAGGAUAUUACUUAUGUGAUUUAUCAUAUAAAGGAGGAAGCAAUGCUGUAAAUAUCUCUGUAAGCGUUACUCGCCUGGAAACUCAGCUGGACAGUGAAAAUGGACAGAGGAUUGCUGUCUGUAAGGCCACAUAUAAAAAGACGCAACCCACUCUUCAUUGGGAACCUGCCUUGAACUUUUCCUUCAAUAACACUUCUGUCAAGAAGGUUGACACAUUUUUCAUUAUGGAGAAUCGCGUACAUCUGCCUGAAUAUGUGACCAUCAGUAACAUCACUUGUGUGGCCUCAUACCUCUCUGUGUCCGGCUCUGUGCAGCAUAAGAGCACACUUGAUCUUACAACACAAGAUAUACCAAACACAGGAAAUUUUGGUACAUUGGGUGGUUCAUGGCAAAUUAUUGUCAUUUCAAUUGGUUUUGUUCUUUCAAUUAUUGCGUUUCUGGCCAUUUACCUACUAUGCAGAAAGCUAAAGCACAUAAGUGCAUUGAAGAUGCUUUGCUGCAAAUCCAAAAUCUCACCACCAGCUGAAGACAAACCACCCCAGCCUGCUGAUGUCGAAGAGGUGGAACCCUAUGCAAGUUAUAUACAGCGAGUCAAUUCCAUCUACAACUCCUCAGCUGAACUCUUUAACGCCUGAGAGACACACUCACUUUUCAUGAUGAAACAGGAUAUCAGAAAAGUACUGAGAAUUAAGAGAGCAAAGACAUUUCUGUGGUCAAAAUUGCACAUGAAAAACAAUACUAGUGGAAAAAUAGUCAUCUCAAGAGAGCAUCCCCAAAGCAAACAGCGCCUGACUGAGGAACAAAAGUCACACUGAGUCAAAUCAUGACAGAUGAUGACACAGGAACAUUUGUCUUAGUAUGUGAUGAGGAAUGACUGGGACAACUUCAGCGUCAGUAAUAUCACUAAUAUGUAGAUUUCUAUAAGCCUGGUUAGAUAUUAAUCAUUUCAACAAAAUGUUCCUUUCGCAUUUGUACAGAUAUCUUUCCUUUCAGAGAGUAAAAGGUAAUAAAAAAUCUACCCAUUGUCCACUAAUAAUACUAAAGUUUUUUCCUUGUAAAGAGAGGAUAUUUUACAUAUUGCACAGAAUUUAAAUCAUGUAAAUAAAUGUUAUUAUUACUUCACA